AUUUUUAAAUCUUUCGAAAUUUUUCUGUCACAUCGUAGUUAAAAAAAAUAAAAUAUCCGAGUUUCUAAGCCGUUUCCAUUCAUCACAAAUUGUUAGUAACCAAAAAUGCUUAAAUAUUUGGCGGGAAUCUUCACCAAUCCGCGAAAUGACUACGCCAAUGGUCGCUUCAGCAUGCCCCAUCCAAGAAAGCCGGCAAUAAGGCGUUCAUCUCAGUUGGGGCCCAGGUUGCCCCAGGUGAAGAUAUCCACGAGGAGCAUCAUCAACGGCGGCAGGUUGGGAAACGGAAGGCUAAAGCUGGAAAACAGAGAGGCACGGCGACGUAGAGAGGAGAAUCCACACCUGCCGAGACCCCAUAGCCGAUCCUCCCAGAAAAUCAACACCGGCUUGGAUCCCAUCAGCUACAUAGUAAAUGUGGCUGAUUCUGCCUCAUCCCACGACGAGGAGGAGUCUGUGCCGCAAUUCACCAACGCAGCAAUCAAAUUGAAAGCGCCACGGCAUCGGAAACAGGAUUACGGACAUGUUAUCCCACCGCCAGUAACUCGCGUGCCCAGUUGGUCGGGUCCUUUGAAUGCCAAUCCAUUCAACAAUCUGGAUGACCAGACCAAUCGGAAGCUGGAUUCCAUUGCUGAAGAUGCGGACUCAGUGGGAUGGGAUGCGAUAUUCCUGCCCGAUGAGUUUUGGUCAGCGACAUCGGACUCGGAAGUGAAUAUUAAAUAUGAAUAAAUAAAUAUAAUGUGAA